AAUUUCAUUGUCAAAUCCAGAAGUUUCCAUAGUUCACAGGUGUUUUCUACAAAUAAACAUCCAUUAAAAUUAAGUUUUAGCCAUGUUUUAGCAUUGCUUGUAAUGCCAUCCUAUUCAUAUGUGAUACAAUAUCCAUGAAGAAAGUUUGUGCCUUUGUAUGUGGGAUACAACCUUAAUUCUGUACCUCAAAACUGUUUAACCUUAGGAUGGAGUCGCCAAUGUUACUCAACACAGAGAGUGUUAGCGUGAAGGCUGAACCCUGUGAGGAUGAUACUAUACCUGAUGAGCCCACGUUUGUGGAAAUAGAGCCCUUACUGAAUACAGUUUACGUAAAAGAUGAGGUAAACUAUGAGAGCGUGUCUAUAAAAGACGAGCCAUCUUCAGAUGUGUGUGUAACAGACUCUAAACAUCAUCGUGUAUCUAUAAAGACAGAACCUUUGUGCUCAGGUGCGAGUGUAAAAGACGAGCCAUCUUCAAAUGUGUGUGUAAAAGAGUUUAAACAUCACGGUGUAUCUAUAAAGACAGAACCUUUGUGUUCAGAUGUGAGCGUAAAAGACGAGCCAUCUUCAAAUGUGUGUGUCAAAGAGUCUAAACAUCAUGGUGUAUCUAUAAAGACAGAACCUUUAUGCUCAAAUGUAGGAGACGAAUCUAAAUUCUACGGUGUAUCUAUAAAUACAGAACCUUUUUGCUCAAAUACAAAUGUAAAAGAGUCCAAUUGUCAUGAUAUAUCUAUGAAGUCCGAACCUUUGUGCUCAGAUACAAAUGUAAAAGACGAACCACUCGUCGGGAGCGGGCCGGAGCUGUACACUGAACAUGCCAUGAAAGAUGAGCUUGUGCUUGACCCCAUGCUAUGUCACGCAACAACAGGUCGAAUUCGGAAGAAAUUGAGAACCAAACUUAAAACUUAUCAAUGUGACCACUGUGAAUAUACAACAUCUAGAAAAAUAGGUUUUGAUCGACAUUUAAGGAAGCAUAAUCAGCCAUACACACCGGAUGAAUGCGAUUUUGCCAGCGACGAUCAGUCACAAGAUCAAGCAAUGACACACACUGGUGAAAAGCCAAAAAAAAGUAAUUUACAAAGUGAUAAACAGAAUCACAACGAGGACAAACCUUACGAGUGUGACCAGUGUAGUUAUUCUGCCAGUCAUGAAAAAGAUUUGGUAAUUCACAUGAGGAAACACACAGGGGAAAGACCGUUCAAGUGUAAUCAGUGUGAUCAUGCUACUAUCAGUCAAAAAUAUUUGCAAGCGCAUUAUAAGAGACACGAUAGUAGCGCAAAACCUUACAAGUGUGAUCAGUGUAAAAAUGCUUAUACUUCCAAGAGAGGUUUAGAAGACCAUAAACUGAUGAUUCAUAUUAAAGCUGGCAGCAUGCCUGCAACAGAUGGCAUUAGUGUCAGUACCAGUAUUUCUGGUAAAACACUCUAUAAAUGUGGUAAGUGUCCUUAUGUUAACAGCCGCAAGUGGUACGUACAACUGCAUGCAAUAAAUGCACAUAGUUCUGAAGAAAAACCGUACAAGCUGUAUCAUCUCUAUUCAUAAGAUGGUAAAGGCACACGGACACUGGCGAUCAAAUAUAUGAAAGAGGCGCGUUCCUAGCACACAGGCUAAGUUCGUGUAGGUGAACGCGUACUACGCUUGUAUGAGUGAAAUAUGACAGGUCGACUGUUCGCGUUCUUGAGGC